AUUAAAAAAAAAUCCGUCUUUUCAAAAUCGUACCUCCGCAAGUAUUUCGUUUCACAUCCAUUGCUAUAGUAUUUUCACCGGGUUGAAUUAUUUCAAACUCCCUCACCAUUUGACAGCACGGAUGAAAGACAAGUAAUUUUAUUGUUGUGAAAACAGUUGUGCGCAAAUUGUGCGUGAAUCUUAUCGCAUAUUUCCAACCGUCCCGCCUUGGGAUGUUAUUGCAGCGGUCAGUCUGAGUUUGUAUUGUACCAAACUUUCAAAAUCAUUUGUAAUUUUUGCAAAAACAAAAAAAAAGCCGAAAUACGGAGUUUAUCUAAACGCUUGAUUGUUUGUUUCCAGAAUAUAGAAGCAGUUUUAGUCAUUAAACAGUGUUUUGGGUAGACUCAGCGCAAUAAAACAUGCAUUUAUAAUAAAUGCAGUUUCUGUAAGCCCUUUUGGUGUUUAGAUCGGUUCGUCAAAAGUAAGCGGACGGUGUAGGUGUAAAAGUCCCACAAGUGCAAUUAACCUCAAUCGAAAACAGGCUCCAAUUCCGAUCAUCCGAAACGGGUUCGACGUGAAUCUCAAUUUCAUAAACGGUUCCUCCCAAGCACGAUUGUUGCAAUGGUGGUUGACCCCGAUCUGCAGGAAGCGGAACCAUCGUCACUGACAGCUGGACAUGGACGGUCCGGUGUCGUUAAGUACGAAUUAGAAUGGCAGACCAUUAUGACGAUCGCAAACGAGACAAAUCUGCUGCAUUUAAGACAACUGGCCGUAGGAGGUGAACUACGCGCGUCACCAUUUCGUAGCGUGUGCUGGGCCGUGUUUCUCGGUGUCUUGGAACGGCCGGGUUCAAAGAGCUGGCCCCAGCAACGGUACGAAGCACGAGCUCACUAUCGCCGCCUUAAGGAUCAGUUUGUACUGAACCCGCACCAGCAGACCACGGAUGUGCGGGAUGAUCCGCUAUCCCAAUCGAAGCAAAGCCUCUGGAAUCAACACUUUUGUGAUCAGGAACUAUGCGCUGUGAUAAAGCAAGACGUCGUACGCACCUUUCCCGGGGUCGAUUUCUUUCGCAAACCGACGAUACAGGAAUUGAUGACUAACAUACUUUUCUGCUACGCUCGACAAUAUCCUGCCAUGUGCUACCGGCAGGGCAUGCAUGAAAUAUUAGCACCGCUAAUAUUUGUCAUCCACAGUGACCAGCAAGCACUGGCACAUAUACAAGAACUACAUCCGGACAUUGAUCGUAACCUUCUGACUAUUCUGGACCCACAGUAUCUAGAGGAGGAUUCCUAUGCACUAUUCUCGGAAAUUAUGUCAAAGAUUGAAUCCUUCUAUCGCAUCACGGAUGUUGUACCAACGGCCACUGGUUACUUCCCAGCGCAAACUCCCGGCAGUCCGAUGAGUUCUAGCCCCGCUGGUACUAAACGAAAGCCGGAAGUUGAGGUAGUGGAACAGUUAAACUACAUCAAGGAUAAAAUACUCAUCAAGGAAGAUCUCCAUCUGCACAACCAUCUACUGAAGCUCGACAUACCGUUAGCCAUUUUUGGCAUCCGCUGGUUACGUUUGCUUUUUGGGCGUGAAUUUGCAUUGCAAGACUUGCUGCUACUGUGGGAUGCAAUAUUCGGCGAAGGAGAUGAGCUUGGUCUGAUUAAUUACAUCGUCGUGGCUAUGUUGAUACGAAUUAGAGAUAAGUUAAUUUAUAGUGACUACACAACCUGCCUUUCGUACCUGAUGCGGUAUCCUAGCAACGUCGACAUAGCGCUCGUGAUACGCCAUGCGCUGCACAUGAAAUCUCCCAAAGUAUACGAACGUCCGCCCGGUGCAAUGAUCUUCCUUUCGUCUCCAAAGCGUCAACCGCACCAGCAACCCCAGCCAGCAGUUGGGAUGCGUUCGAAAACGGUCGAACUGUCGCAGAUGAAGUAUUCCACACUGCCCACCGUUCAUCAGCGUCGUGCCCAGGUCGCUGUCGAUGAUCAUCCACUGCAAAGCCGAUCGUCGAGUGUUGCAAGCAAGGCUGACGAACAUCACCGGGCCAGCUCACUGCCAAGGAACAGUGGUUCGAUGCGGAAAGCAACGGCCGUCGAGCUGCGCCAAGCAGCUUGUCUAGCUACUAAAAAAGCGAUCACGGAUUCAACUCAACCGGACGUUCGUGAUCCAACCGUAACGGACGGAUACCGAGAGGAUGAUCCUGAACUGCUUCGUAUUGAGCUGCAAAAUGCGUACAACAUCAUGUCCGUGGGCCGGGCCAAGCUGCUCCAGUAUCUGACCGUGUUGCGACGCAACAUUCGGCCAACCAAUCCUCAAGGUGAGCUGCAGCAAUCGCUUGAAGGGAUAGAGGAAAUUUGUUCAUUGCUAAAACCUCGCUACGAUACCGUGUUCCGCGUUCCGGCACCCAUCGAUGCCGCAACGGAAGCAAAUGAGGAACCACAACAGGCCCGAAAACCGUUGCCGCUCCCCGGUGGUGCCAAAUUGUUGUCCAGCGAGGAGCAACAAGCGAACAAUGUCCAACGUACGCAAACGCCUCCGAAUAGCUUAAACCUAACCCGAUCGUACAACUACGAUCUGGACUGUAGGCGAAAUAGUGCAUCACAGCCUAACAUCACGCAAUAUGAAAUUCCGGAAGAUCGGUACAGCAAAAUAGCGACCAAAAAGCUGGCCAACCGGAAGGAGGUAGAAAUGAAUGUGUUUACAAAAGAUUUCUCCGACCGUCACCGGCGGAUCGAUGACAAGGAUCUGCCCAGUACCAAUCCGCUCGGCAACUCGGAAAGAUCCGAAUGACGAUUCUGAAUGGUGCAUCUUGAUUGUAUAAUGUUACACGUUUCGUUCAAUGUAGUUUAACGAAUGCGGCUUUUAAGAAAACUAUAAAAUCGUGACACUGCGCAUUAAGCACAUGCUAAAACUGUAUGUAUUAUUAUUGCAGAAAAUUAGCAGAAUAUUAUUCUUAUUCUACAAGAAGAGUGUUUUAUCUCAGCUAGUAGUGUGUCCAUAGAACUGUCUCUCAACAUAACGGUCAAAAGGACUACAUUGACGCUGUAUAGCAAAACCGAUGUGAUAUACAUGUACUGAAGGAUGAAAUAAAUUCACAGCAGUAGAUAUUCCCGUUACAGUGGAUAAGAUUUAUGUGUAGCAGUAGAACAAAUGCGCUUAUACAUAAUAUGGUUAAUUAUAAUCGUUUGUACAACAAACACAUAUUGAUGAAAGAGCGCUGUACAUUUGGGGUUUGCUAACAAAAAUACAAGCUUCGGCCGCUUCAA